CAGGCUGGUUACAUGGUACUGCAGCUCUCACACAUUCCUCUUCUCAGGGCACAGAUAAGGAAGUGUUGAGUAACCAUCAGGGGUGUGUGCAGGCAGUGAGGGGGGGGGAGAGGAGACCUGACAGGCAGCCAUUCAGCAGCACAUUGCAGAGGAGGAGCUGGAGCUGCUGCUCACCUGCCUGCUGCUACCACAUUCCAGCACCGCCACAGCGGCACAGAGAACACAGCACUGAGCGCAGGACAUCCCCCCCAGCCAGAGACACAGAUAAUAAGUGAUGUCCAGUUCUUAGCCGGCGCUCCUUUCCGUGCCAGGAUGUCGCUGGACGCUCUCAGCCGCUCCAGGGGAGGCACGUUUAUGAGGUCAGAUGGACGCGCCGAGUCGCCACCUGAUAUGGAGAUCAGUAAGGAAGAGAUGCGGAUACUCAAAGUGUGUUUCCAUAGCAACAGUUCCAACCUGAUGAAGAACUUUAAGCUGGUGAAGUGCAGCAUAUUCACCGAGAUACGGGAAAUUAUCACCUCAAUUCUCAUGAGUGGCCGCAUCGGCCCGGACAUCCAGCACGUGGAGAGUUAUGGCCUGCGCCUGAAGCACCUGAAGUCCGAUGAGAUCCACUGGCUGCAUCCAGAAAUGUCUGUGGGGGAGGUGCAGGAGAAGUACGAGUGUCUCCACCUAGAGGCAGAGUGGCGAUACGACCUUCGGAUCCGCUACCUGCCAGAUAACUACAUGGAAAGCUUCAAGAAGGAUAAAACAACGUUACUUUACUUUUACCAACAGCUGAGGAAUGAUUACAUGCAGCAAUAUGCCACCAAGGUCAGCGAGGGCAUGGCUCUACAGCUCGGCUGCCUGGAGCUCAGGCGGUUCUACAAAGACAUGCCCCAGAACGCCUUGGAGAAAAGAUCCAACUUUGAUUUCUUAGAGAAAGAAGUGGGUCUGGACCUGUUCUUCCCUAAACAGAUGCAGGAGAGUCUGAAGCCCAAGCAGUUCCGGAAGAUGAUCCAGCAGACGUUUCAGCAGUACGGGUCCCUGAAGGAGGAAGAGUGUAUCAUGCGGUUCCUGGGCACCUUGUCCAGCUUCACCUCCAUCGACCAGGAGACCUACAGAUGUGAGCUGGCGCAAGGUUGGAGCAUCACGGUGGACGUGGUCAUUAGCCCCAAAGGAAUCCGACAGCUGACAGCAAAAGACUCCAAGCCCACGUGUUUUGCAGAAUUUAAACAGAUUAAAUCCAUCAAGUGCUCGCUACUGGAUGACGGGCGGGCACUGCUGCUGCUGGGUGUAUCCGGAGCCCCCCAGCCAUUAGCUAUCAAAACCUCUUCACUGGCGGUGGCUGAAAACAUGGCUGACCUCAUUGACGGAUACUGCCGGUUACAUAAUGAAUUCAAAGAGUCUGUGAUUGUCUAUCCCGGGAAAGAAAGCGAGAAGCGGAUCAGCCUGCCAAGAAUCCCUACUCAGGAUGUUCCAGAGAGGAGAUCCCGGCUGGAAGAGGGGGGCAGUUUUGAGUCUGACAUAUACGCCGAGAUACCUGACGAUUCAGAACAGAAGUCUGCAGGACUGCGCUAUACCAUGAGCCGAGAUGACGUUAUCCUGGGCAGGAUCCUGGGUGAAGGAUUCUUUGGAGAAGUGUAUGACGGGGUGUAUAAAACGCAGAAAGGCGAGCGGGUGAACGUCGCCGUGAAGACGUGUAAGAAGGACUGCGCUCUGGAUGUCAAGGAAAAGUUCAUGAGUGAAGCCUAUCUGAUGAGGAAUCUGGACCACCCGCACAUUGUGAAGCUGAUCGGAAUUAUAGAGGACGACCCCAUCUGGAUAGUGAUGGAGCUGUACCCAUAUGGGGAGCUCGGCAACUACCUGGAGAAGCACAAGAGCACCCUGCAGGUCCUCACCAUGAUUCUCUACUCACUACAGAUCUGCAAGGCGCUCGCCUACCUGGAAGGAAUAAGCUGCGUCCACAGGGACAUCGCCGCCAGGAAUAUCCUGGUGGCCUCUCACGAGUGCGUAAAAUUAGGAGACUUUGGCCUCUCAAGGUACUUAGAAGAGGAGGAAUACUACAAAGCCUCUGUAACUCGUCUCCCAAUCAAGUGGAUGGCACCAGAAUCUAUCAACUUCCGUCGCUUUACAUCGGCCAGCGAUGUCUGGAUGUUCGGGGUCUGUAUGUGGGAAAUACUCUCAUUUGGCAAACAGCCGUUCUUCUGGCUGGAAAACAAAGACGUGAUCAGCGUCAUUGAGAAAGGAGAUCGUCUUCCGAAGCCGGAGACCUGCCCGCCGACUCUCUACACACUAAUGACCAGAUGCUGGACCUAUGACCCCUCGGAGAGACCCAAAUUUACCGAGCUUGUCUGCAGCUUGAGUGACAUCUAUCAGACGGAGAAAGAGAUAGUAAAGGAUAAAGAGAAGAAUAAUCGGCAACGCCCCCCAAAAAUCAUUGAGCCACUAGAGCCCCCACCCAAGCCGAGUCGUCCGAAGUACAAGGCCUAUGCUCCGGGAAACCUUCUGGCGCCUCUACAGUUCCAGGUGCCCCAAAGUCUGUGCGCCAGCUCGCCCACACUCUGUAGCCCAACAGAGUACCAAUCUCCGAUCGACUCCACGCACAGCCCUCCGCUCCUGCGUCACAAUGUCUUCAAGCGUCGCAGUAUGCGGGAAGAAGAUUUUGUGAAGCCCAACAGCAAGGAGGAAGCUCGGAAACUGUGGGAGAAGGAGCGGGCCAAGAUGUUACAGGUCAUGAACCACCAGCAGCAGCAGAUGUUGGAGGACAACAAGUGGCUGAAGCAGGAGGAGAGGUCCCUCGUCAAUACACUCAAGGAUUCAAAGCACCAAGUAGAUGACAAUCCCAUAGAAUUGGUAGUUCCAGAAAAAGAAAUUGCAUAUACUGAAUUCACCGUGCCCCCCCAGAAACCUCCCAGGCUCGGAGCACAGUCCAUCCAGACAGCUCCGACGGCCAACAUCGAUCGCACGGAUGACAACGUCUAUCAGGGGGUGAUGGAGCUGGUGAAAUCUGUGCUGCAACUAAAGAACGACAUCUACCAGCUGCCGCCGGAGGGAUAUGUCAAUGUGGUGAAGAAUGUUGGGCUGAUGCUCCGGAAGCUCAUCGGGAGUGUGGACGACAUUCUGCCCUCUCUACCACCAUCUUCCCGUACAGAGAUUGAAGGAACACAGAAGCUACUGAGCAAAGACCUGGCGGAGCUGAUCAGUAAGAUGCGAAUGGCACAACAGAACGCUGUGACAUCACUCAGUGAGGAGUGUAAGAAGCAGAUGCUGACCGCCUCGCACACUUUGGCGGUGGAUGCCAAAAACCUACUGGACUCCGUGGACCAAGCGCGAGUGAGGGGCAAUAUCGCAAAGGUGGCCUCCGAGUGACGUAAGCGCCCGGCUUGUGCUAGGUCAGGAGUAUUUCCCAAGUGUCUCAGUACGAGGUACUACGGCGGACUGGCGCUGCUGCUAGAUGUGAACACAAACUGAACUAAUGGACGGGACCAAGAUUCCAGCCUUCAUUGAACAUUAACCCGGAGAACAUGUAAAAGGAAAAACAAUGUUACUUUUUAAUGGGCGACGAUUUAGAGUUUGCAGAGAAGUAUUUAUUUUUUAGACAAGUCUUAAAGUAUCUUUUCCUGAACUGUGGACAAUUUUCGUAAAAUUUAUGAGGUUCUCAAGAGAAAACGUGGACUUUAUCCAUUCCAAUACCUGGACGAUUUGUUUCAGAGCUUUACAGCCAAUGGAAUAUAAACCGUUUGCCUGUAUGAUAGAUAACAUUUCCUGCUGACAGCCAGACGUUGAGACGUAUUGCUGAAAGGCACGACAAGCUUACAUCAGCCAGAACUGUAUAUAUCCUCGGAGAUUGAUGGAGAGAUGAAUCGUUCACAUUUAACAUCUAAUUUUUUUGUUGCAAAACGCAGUAAUUUAUAUAUAUAUGGGGACGCCGCACUUUCGGCCUCACAGUAUGGUGAAUGUAACGUACAGAGUUUACUUGCAGCAAAAACCUUUUUUUUUAUUUCUUUGUUUUACAAUUUAUCCCAGAGGCUGUUGUUGUGCGUUUUACGUUUGAUAUUGUUUUGCAAUUUAACUGGAAAGUCAGGCGACGCGUUUCACAUGCCUGCAGAUGAACUUUCAUGUAUUUCAUAGUCCGGAAGCUGACUCGUAACUCAGGUAUUUGAGGUGUAAGAUAAAUGUAUACACCAGAUUGUUGAGUUCUUUUUUGGGGGAUUCUAUUUGAAAAUGUAUUUGACGUUACUGCGUUAUUAUUUCACGAGGCGGGCUGUUGUUUUUCAUGAUAGGAAAAUGUGCAGAUUUUGUUUUUUGUUUUGCUGGUCUGGCAAGCCUUCCAUCAAAUUGCCUUUGAAGCAUAAUUCUUUACAUCUAGUGUUGCUGUCACUGAUUAUGAAGAGAUGUGAUGUACUGGUCUGUAAUUACAAGGCUCACACCUUGACCUGUAUUUUUUCGUCCCACACGGGAAGACAUAAUGUCAAUCUGUAAAUAGUGUAGGUUAUUUUUAUGAGAUUUACAUGAAUCCAUGUGGUUCUGUAACAGUAAGAGACAUAGGGGGGUAUGCAAUUAGCUUUUUGCUAUUUUUAGGGCAAAUGGGGAUUUGCCCUAUGCAAUAGCAGGGCCGUUUUUUUUGCCUAGGCGAAAAAUGCGGCAGGGGCGGAGAACAUGUGGAUCGGCGACAAAUCCAUGUGUUUUCCGUCGAAACGCGGGCCAUUUUCGCAGAUUUUGUGGCAUUUUUCGCCAAUGCCUUUUCACUUACAAAAUAAAAAGGUGAAAAGGCAUUGGCGAAAAUGCCUUCAAAACGGAUGACAACGGCCCUUAAUUGAAUACUUAAGGGGGGGUAAAUUCAUUAGCUCCGGCACGAUCUGAGCUAAUUGCAUACCCCCCAUAGUACCCUAUGACUGAUGACAGCACUCCUUCUUUAUACCCCUUCCUUAAUAAUGCCUCCUUGUUUACCAGCACAUGAACCUGCACUAAAAUGUAUUCAUUCCGUUAUAAUCACCCUUGUUAUAACGACAUAUGUAAGCCACAUUGAAAGCUGCUGUUAUACAGAUGUGCCCUCAUACACUUUUCAGUUAUAUUCUCUAUCUUAGCUAAUAUAAAGGGGUCACUCCAUUUUAGGGGCGUGGCUGACCUAGGCAACAGUACUUUGUACACCCUCCCUUCCCUCGUUGGCCCUGUCAGGUUACUGUGGUAGUUAUGCAUUCAGAGCCUGAGUGAUUCAGUCUUCCCUGCUGGUAUUAAUAUCCCUUGUUAAUUUAUAUUUACAUUUAAACGACCGAUAAGGGGUGUUUAUUUGUUGUCAUUAUUAACUGAUAGGUCUCUGAGCCUGCCUGAUUGAAUCCAUAGAGCAAAACCAUUAUUACAAGACGAUAAAAAGAGAGGGAUGCAUUAAUGGACCAAUACCGUAAAUCCAUGUUAUCUCAGAGGGGGUCAUUCCAAGUUGAUCGCUCGCUAGCAGUUUUUAGCAGCCGUGCAAACGCAUUGUCGCCGCCCACUGGGGAGUGUAUUUUCUCUUUGCAGAAGUGUGAACGCUUGUGCAGCAGUGUGCCUGCAAAAUCUUUUUGUGCAAAACAAGACCAGCCCUGUAGUUACUCUUCGUUUGUGUUGAUUCUAACGACGGAGGGACGGCUUUUGACGUCACACACCCGCCCAGCGAACGCCCAGCCACUCCUGCGUUUUUUCUACCACGCCUGCAUUUUUCUAAGCACUUCCUGAAAACAGUCAGUUGACACCCAGAAACGCCCACUUCAUGUCAAUCUUCCUGCGUUCAGCCGUGCGACAGGAAUGUUCGUUAGACUCUGUGCAAACCCACGAUGCUCAAUGUACCCGUACGACGUGUCUGCGCAUUGUGGUGCAUAUGCAUUUUAGCCUGAUCGCUGCGCUGCAAACAACGGCAGCUAGCGAUCAACUCGGAAUGACCCCACAGGGAAACCACCAGUAGGCCCCACUGCCUGAGGGCCCACUCCUUCCUCUGGGGAUCAGGUUCCAGACUGUGCACUUGUAUUAUACAUGGUAGAUAUGUUGCAUUACACUGCACUAAACUAUUGUGUAUUUCAAGCCCCUGUGGAGGCUGGCCACACCCCCUUUGUAGGCUGGCCACACCCCUAAGUAUGGGCCCCUAUUACUGCAUCCCCCUGGUGGGUCCUUCAUUCCCCAGUCCGACACUGCUCAGUAAUCAGCUUCAGCCAAGGGAAUCAGCAGAGCGACACCCUCAUGGCGGAGGCGAGCGCUGGUGUAGUCACGUCUCCAGCACGCGCAAUGACAGACGCACUAGGGACAAGUGAAAGCUGCUGGACGGAGGUUUCUACACCAGAGCUGGCCUCGUCAGUGUGUUUUAUUGUAAGCUCACUGUACUAUAUAACUGUUCUUAGGUCACGGACUGAAUGAUAGGGCAUACAUACAUGUGUUACACCUGCAUAAAGCCAUGUCUGUUCAUUUACAGCAAGGAGUUCCCAGUCAUUUUCUUUACUAAUAAGAGCGUCGCCCUUUUAUAUUUCAGGCUUAUACGCACCGGGAAGCGUAAGUAAGACCCAAGGGGUUCUAUGUACUAAGCCUUGGAGAGAGAUUAAGUGGACGGAGAUAAAGUACCAACCAACCAGCUCCUGACUGUCAUUUUUCAAACACAGCCUGUAACAUGGCAGGUAGGAGCUGAUUGGCUGGUACUUUAUCUCUCUCCACUUUAUCACUUUUCAAGACUUAGUGGUCUAUUCACGAAGCAGUGAAAAGUGUGGAGAAGUGAGCCUGUGGGGAAGUUGCCCAUGGCAACCAAUCAGCUGCUCCGUACCAUUGUAUAGUUUGCAAAUUAUAACUGUUACUUCAGUGCUGAUUGGUUGCCAUGGACAACUUCUCCACUGGCUCACUCCUCCACUCUUUUCACUGCUUCAUGAAUAGACCCCUCAGUUCAUCUCCCCCUAAGACUGUUCCUGUCACAGAAACGUGAGCUGUGAAAGAGUUUCCUUAGUACCAGGGGCAGCACCUGUGAAUACUGUACAAUACACAUUACAGUCUAGACCAGCGGUUCCCAAACUGUUGGACACCACGGCGCCCUAGAGUUUCAGUAUUUUUUGUUUUUAACGGCACCCCUAGGCCAAAGGUAUCUUUUUGAGAUAAUGAGUAAAUAUUAUUAAAUGAGGUAAAUUGUGCUUACCUGGCAUCCUUGGGGUCUGUUAUGCCGCUGCGCAUCUGUUUGUCUACAUAUUUCAUCAUUGGCAGCACAUUGGCCAUAAGUCAUGACAGCGAUUGACAGUCUGAUUCCCUUUAGGGGUGGGGAGGGGGUAACAGUUUUCGUUUCUCCAAACAAUGGCAUGUGGCUACCGUUUAGAGGGGUGGGGGGCGGUGGGAAGAGGCCAGUAAUCUCCAUGGUUGCACAGAGAUUUCCUGGCCUCUGCAACAUGCGACUUGCACAGCACCAUGGGUGCUUCAAGCCGCCCGGUGGCGUCUCAGUGAUCCGAUGCUCCUGCUGCACCACCAUACGGCGCUAUCACUGCUUCUUCCAAGGAACCCCCACAAAUGGGUAACCAUGUCAUUUAGGGGGAGUCCACAUGACAUAAUUGGGAAGGGGAUUCAAAUGUCGGCGACUUGUCCGCCCACCCGAAUUCCUGCAACACCCACCACACUUUAUGCCGGCGUGAUCUCGCUCAAAAGUGUACACUUACCCCAUAGGGCAGGGCCAGAUUAAGGGUCACAUGGGCCUGGAGCUGAAAAUAUUCAUGGGCCUAUUGUGAGAAAUGGGGGGAGGUGUGAUCAGUGCUGUGUGGGUGUGGCCAAAUCCAUGUGGGCGUGUACAUCCCCUACACUAUCAAUUCCAAUGUCUUCCUAAAUAUGUAUAAAUAUAUAAAAUUGCAUAAUUGUGUGAGGAAAAUAGAAAUGCAAACAUAAUAGUUAUGAUUUAUGGCCGACCAUGUGGCCAGCUGGUGGCUAGUUCUGAUGAUGGGCCUAUUUUUAUGUGAGGGCCUGGAGCUGGAGCUCCAUCUACCACCCCACUGUUAAUCUGGCCCUGCCAUAGGGUAGGGAGCGCUUUUGAGCGAACGGCAUGCGAAUCAGGCCAGGUCAGGGGUGCGAAUCAGGUUGAAGUUCCCUGCGUUUAAACACUGCGUCAACUGCAAUUCACGCCCUGCGUCAACGUUGGUCAUACCCAUUCAUAUAUGGCGAAGAGGUUGCCAGGAUCUACCAGAAAUGAUGCACUUUUGCAGUUAUGCCAUAAUCUGGUUUUGUUUUUGUUUUUUUAACUCCAUCCAGAAAUGAGUGAUUGCAGAUCAGCAUUAUUAGGGGUAUAUACUGUAGGCUACAAAUAUCACUGUAUUCCAUGCACAGAUGCCGGAAUAUAUUCUGCUUUCCUCACCUUGUUUUACUAAGCCUUCAAGCUGUAAUAUAAUGUAAAUACGAUUCCUUGUGACUUGUACUUUCAAUAAAUGAAGUUUGCCGUAA